GGGGCUGUUGAUAUCAAUAUGGCGGUUGUCAGCCAGACAAAGACAGUCAGUCUGAUGUGAUUGAGACAAGGGAGGUUUUCAGGGGGAGACUGGGAGAUAGGGGCCUCCCCUCCCCCUUCUCCUCUUCCUGCGCCGUCCUCAACCCCUCCCCAGUCCCCUCCCGACGGGCGCCCCACGCGGAAGACACCCCUCCCCCUCCCGCUUUCCCCUCCUCCCUACCUCAGCCCUUCGUACCGGGACGUUGGGGAGGGGGCUGUGCCGGGCUGAGAGAACUCAGCAAGGAUUCUGAGAAUGAUAAAUAACGCUGAUCAUCUCUAGAAAAGAUAUUGAUUCACCUCAUGUAAAGUAUGCUCAGUUCCUUUCCAGUGGUUUUGCUGGAAACCAUGUCUCACUAUACAGAUGAACCCAGAUUUACCAUAGAGCAGAUAGAUCUGCUUCAGCGCCUUCGACGUACUGGAAUGACUAAACAUGAAAUUCUCCAUGCCUUGGAAACUUUGGACCGUCUUGAUCAAGAGCAUAGCGACAAGUUUGGAAGAAGGUCCAGCUACGGAGGAAGUUCAUAUGGGAAUACUACCAACAAUGUUCCAGCAUCUUCCUCUACAGCUACAGCUUCCACACAGACCCAGCAUUCUGGAAUGUCCCCAUCACCUAGCAACAGUUAUGAUACCUCCCCACAGCCUUGUACUACCAAUCAGAAUGGGAGGGAGAAUAACGAGCGAUUAUCCACAUCCAAUGGAAAGAUGUCACCAACUCGCUACCAUGCAAACAGCAUGGGUCAGAGGUCAUACAGUUUUGAAGCCUCAGAAGAGGACCUAGAUGUAGAUGAUAAAGUAGAGGAAUUAAUGAGGAGGGACAGCAGUGUGAUAAAAGAGGAAAUCAAAGCCUUUCUUGCCAAUCGGAGGAUUUCCCAAGCAGUUGUUGCACAGGUAACAGGUAUCAGUCAGAGCCGGAUCUCUCACUGGCUGUUGCAGCAGGGAUCAGACCUGAGUGAACAGAAGAAAAGAGCGUUUUACCGAUGGUAUCAGCUUGAAAAGACAAACCCUGGAGCUACACUAAGUAUGAGACCCGCCCCCAUUCCAAUAGAGGACCCGGAAUGGAGACAAACGCCUCCUCCAGUCUCAGCUACAUCUGGCACCUUCCGACUGCGACGAGGGAGUCGAUUUACCUGGAGAAAGGAGUGCCUGGCUGUCAUGGAAAGUUACUUCAAUGAGAAUCAAUACCCAGAUGAAGCAAAAAGAGAAGAAAUUGCAAAUGCUUGCAACGCAGUUAUACAGAAGCCAGGCAAAAAACUGUCAGAUCUGGAACGAGUUACCUCCCUGAAAGUGUAUAAUUGGUUUGCUAACAGACGGAAGGAGAUCAAGAGGAGAGCCAAUAUCGAAGCAGCAAUCCUGGAGAGUCAUGGGAUAGAUGUACAGAGUCCCGGAGGCCAUUCCAACAGUGAUGACGUCGAUGGAAAUGACUACUCAGAGCAGGAUACUUGGCAAGUACGCAAUGGGGAGGAGGAGGAGGGAAGAAGUUCAGAGGGAGGCAGAGAAGCAGAGAAGGACGACAGCACUAGCCAUAGUGACCACCAAGACCCCAUCUCAUUAGCUGUGGAAAUGGCAGCAGUCAACCACACUAUCUUGGCAUUGGCCCGACAAGGAGCCAACGAAAUCAAGACAGAGGCCCUGGAUGACGACUGAUGAGGGAGGAUUGGACACGAGAAGUUAACUUAGUUUAGACGUAGCACCUUAGCAGACUUUCCUCGGUCCUUAACAUGUGUUCUUACAGUAUAACUUGCAGUUUCUUGUAUGUCAGUUAGCCGUUAGGGUCUUGUUCUGUGAAGAUGGCAUGGUGCCCUCAGCCUUUGCAUAUACUCUCAGUAUUAACUCCCAGUAAAUAAUAACCAACCAACCAACCAACCAAUCAACCUUCCCUCUCCCAGACCCCGAGGCUAGAAAAUCUUGCUGCUCUGUCUUAGCAUUCCAAGAAAGUGCUUCCAGGUAUUUAGAUAGCCCUCAGUUCUCAAAUAUUAGGCUGUGUGUAUUGGGUACCUUUAGAUUCCUGUAACACUAGUCUGUACCCCUUUUCCUUCCCCAAGACUGGUAGGAUGCAAGCUGAGGUAGUGUGGCCCAGGAUGGACAGAUGCCAUUUGGGGAGUACCCACAGAGUAAAAGGGACACUAGAACCCCCACCUCAGUGUGGGAAGAAUUGAUUUCCAGCUGCAAUAAGCCGUGCCUCAUAAUAGUCACACUGUGGCUAGAUUAUACUUCUUUGGGUGCUGUGCUAAGAAUGUCAGUGGAAACACUCGAUCUCAGAUUUUGGUUGUUAACAUGCCUGACACAGACAUCCUUUCCUCUCACAAGCUGUGUGACUUAAGUAGAUAAAAUACUGCCUCUGCCUUUGGGACCAUGAUUAAAACAAACAGAAAAAUGACAAAAAACAAAAGUCAUUUUAAAAAAACCCACAAAGCCCAGCUUGAGAGCACUGGGAAAAAACAUGAGCUGAAGGUCUAAUGGAUGUUAGGUCCAGUUCUCAGAACCACUAUACACAGUACGUGGCACAGGUACAUGCCGGCCUGGAAAGGUGCUGGAGGUCGUCACGGAAGCUGCUUUGCCUCCUGUGUCCCCUUUCCCUGCUACCAAAAAAAGGCAUUUCGAGGAUGGAGCUAAGGUCAAAAGUAAGUGAAUGAACUUCCAGUCUUUGUAUCCAUUAACUGAAGCCCCCUCAACAUGAGAGGUUGAUAGAGGACUUUAUAGCGGGAUUAUGCUGACUGACUCUCACAAACGCAAAUACUUUCCUAACUAGGAGCAGAAAAAAAGCAGGGGACGUUUGCCACUUAUGCGGUGGGUCUGCGAGAUACAACAGGAUGUGACUGCUUUGGUGUUCUCUUUACUCUGUCCUUGUAGAGGUGUGAAAAGCUAUAUUGCUACAGGCAAUUUAUUUAAUAAUUGGAAGCCAUAUUGAUAAUGGAUGUGGUAAUAUUUGUAAAGUUUAAUCUACUUUAAGCGGCAGUAACUAAUGGAAUUUUUUUCCUUGAUCACAUAUGUAGCACUUUUGUUACUUUUUAAAGAUAUUUAUAUUUGAUAAAUCUUUUUUUCAUUUUGAGAACUCAAAAUACCAAACAGUGAACUUGAGUUAUAAAGUCACCCUGUGAUCACCUUGUCGUCCAGUAGCAAAAUGAUGAACUAUUCAUGCGUCCAAGAAAAUUACAUCUGCUGGCCUUGUAUGAAAAUGAUCUCUUGGCAUCCCGAUUAAAGGACACACUGUCACUGUGGGUAAGAGGAAACAGCCUUCAGUGUAGCAGCGUAGGGUGCGUCUGAAAGAGGCACAGCUGCUCUCUAUUUCCUGCCUCGUUCCCUCUCUCCUUCCUACAGACAACGAAGCCUCGUUUAAAGGGGAAUAUGGGCCUGGCUGUUAAGCAGGGCGUCAUGUGUUUAUCCAUUGCCUGAAAGUGAUUCUAAAAUUGAAGGAGGGUGCCAUUUCCUUACCUCUUCACCCUUCCUCCCCCACCAAAUGUUUUCAACUUAAAACCAUUGAGAGAGAGAAUGACUGGCCGCCUUCAUUUCUCCUUUCCUCAGCAGUGAGUUUGAACAUCCGCCAGCUUCUAGCUGGUCUCACUCCACCUAAGGCACACGCUGAUGAGAUCACCUCCACUGUCUGUUCAUCCUGCUUAUGUCAGUGUGAGGAAGCCUUUGAGAGGCAUGAAGGUGCCACCUUCUGUGGGUCUGUGACUUUAUAGAGCUACAGGCAGGGCCUGGGCCUGCUCUUGUCCUUGGAUUUCAGGGGGAAAAUGUAUAUAUUUUUUUCCAGCUUCCAAGAAUUGAAGUAAAAUGGAGUAGCCUUUUCUGUUUAACUAUAUUACUUGAACCAACAAAUUCAAGAGUAGCAUUUGUUAUUCUCAGGAAUGAUCGAUCCCCCCACUCAUUUUCUUUCUCGGUGUGUUUGACUUUUUAUUUCUAUUAGAAGACUGUGUUAUCUUUCUUUCCUUUCCUUUGAUAUUAUUUAGAAAAAAUACAACAUAUCUUUCCAUUUC